AACCCGAUUACUGCGGUGUGCCGUGUGAAGGACAGUAGCAGUCUUCGUACAGCAGGAUACCGGAAGCGCACAUCUAUUCAACCUCUGCAUCCUCCCCCACCACCGCACCCGUUUCCACACACAGAAAGACAGAGAGAAAGAGACAGAGAGAGAGAGAGAGAGAAAUUUACGUAGGAACCGCAGUGCCGCAGUCCACUUGCAGCGAUGAAGCUGGAGUCGCGAUCAGCAUCAGAGAACACAAUGCAUAUAAAGCGUGCCACAACCGAGAAAUUGCGAGAAAUAUUUAGCAAAUAUGCUACUCAACAGCUCAAUGGCGAGCCGCACAUGACCAGCGAAGACUUCGUUAGGAGUUUCCUGGGACAAUCGUACAAUGAGGAAUCGACGAAUCUUGUCGCCGGCAUUGCCGACACCAGCAAGGAUGGGCUAAUCUCGUUCGCAGAGUUUCAAGCGUUCGAGGGGUUACUGUGCACUCCGGACGCCCUGUACAAAACCGCCUUCCAGCUGUUCGACCGUAACGGCAAUGGCUCGGUGACGUACAGUGAGUUUGUCGAUGUGUUUAAAAAGACAGAUCUGCACGCUAAAAUCCCGUUCAAACUGGACGGCCCUUUCAUACAGCUCUACUUCGGCAAGGACCGACGGCGGGUAAUCAAUUAUGUCGAAUUUAGCCAGUUCUUGCACGAUUUCCACGAGGAGUGUGCGAUGGAGGCGUUCCGUUUGAAGGACACCUCCGGCUCCGGGUUUAUCUCGGCACUCGAUUUUCAGGAUAUUAUGGUGAAUGUGAAAAAGCAUCUGCUGACAAGUGAGGUCCGUGAUAAUCUGAUAGCGGUCACUGAAGGGCAUAAAGUAAGCUUUCCCUACUUUAUGGCAUUUAAUUCGCUGCUUAACAACAUGGAGCUUAUCAAACGUGUUUACCUGAACGCGACUAGUGGCAACCGAUUGGAGCCCAUCACCAAGGACGAGCUUCUACAUUCGGCGCAAACGAUGAGCCAAAUCACUCCACUAGAGAUCGACAUCCUGUUCCAGCUGACUGGUGUGAUCCACCAGAGUGGAGCAUCUAUUUGGUGGCGACAUAGCAAAACGAAAGAUAAAAAUAGACGGAUUGUGUACACGGACUUAAGUAACAUCGCACCGGAACAUUACAUCAAAAACAUAACACACCGAUUGGCGGAGAUUCGUGCAGUCGAGUCGCCCGCGGACCGGUCGUUCGUGAUACAGAUGCUCGAGAGCACGUAUCGCUUCACACUUGGCUCAGUAGCUGGUGCCGUCGGUGCCACGGCCGUCUAUCCUAUCGAUUUGGUUAAAACGCGAAUGCAAAAUCAGCGAACUGGUUCCUUCAUUGGUGAGGUUGCUUACCGCAAUUCUUGGGACUGCUGCAAAAAGGUGAUCCGCCACGAAGGGGUUUUGGGAUUGUACCGUGGGUUGGUACCACAGCUAAUGGGGGUCGCUCCAGAGAAAGCUAUCAAGUUAACGGUUAACGAUCUAGUGCGCGAUAAGUUGACGGACAAGCAGGGAAACAUACCCACUUGGGGCGAAGUGCUGGCUGGUGGCUGUGCUGGUGCUUCUCAAGUCAUAUUCACUAAUCCCUUAGAAAUUGUCAAAAUACGGUUGCAAGUUGCCGGAGAGAUUGCAGGCGGUGCGAAGGUGCGCGCGUUGAGUGUGGUGCGUGAGCUUGGUCUGUUUGGGCUCUAUAAGGGUGCCCGAGCCUGUCUGCUGCGUGAUGUACCAUUCUCGGCUAUCUACUUUCCGAUGUAUGCCCAUACUAAGGCUGUGUUCGCCGACGACGAGGGUUACAAUCAUCCUUUGACGUUGCUGGCAGCAGGCGCUAUCGCCGGUAUACCGGCCGCGUCACUCGUGACACCAGCGGAUGUGAUCAAAACAAGGCUUCAGGUUGUAGCACGGACCGGUCAGACGACCUACACCGGCGUGAUGGACGCAGUUCGGAAGAUUAUGGCCGAAGAAGGUCCACGUGCUUUCUGGAAGGGUACCGUUGCGCGCGUAUUUCGCUCAUCACCCCAGUUCGGUGUCACGCUCGUCACCUACGAGUUACUGCAACGCAUGCUGUACGUUGAUUUCGGUGGUUCCAGGCCAGCCGGGUCCGACGUUGCGAAAGCGAAGAUUAGUCUGGAGCGCGUAAAUCCGGAUCACAUUGGGGGCUAUCAGGCGGCUCUACCAAUGCUGAAUGGUAUCGAGACCAAAUUUGGACUCAGCUUGCCUCGCUUCAAGCGCCAAGGUUCAUGAUAAACGUAGCUUGAAGCAACGUUUUCCGUAGCUUAACGUUCCGAUCAUGAACACCACACACUACCGGGUUGGAACAGUCUAUAGCCUAAAGGACGUCUAUUUUGAAAUGACUUAUCCCCAACCCCUCAUAUUUUCCCUAUCAUGCUACCUAUCUAAGCGCAAAGCUAACACCACUAGGACAUUACCGAUGAAUUUAACUCACUCGCGUAGCGCAGCACUAAUUCACAUAUAACUUCGCAAAUUGGACAUUUUAACGGUGUGGUGUUCAUUGGGGACAGGAAAAGUGCAAUUGUUAUAUCCGUUUUGGUAUAGUUUUCCAGGUCUUUGCUUCAUGUGGAUAGUGAUUUAUUCUUAGACUCGAAGUUAUGGUUUCAUGCGUAAUUAUUAAUAGUUACUCAUUUGAUACUCAUAGUUUGAUCGUGCCUCGGCUGAAAUGUAAGCGCCCUGCGUAAAUGCAAGCGAUGCAAUCGAUGCAGGGAGAAACGCGAAUGGAUAAUGAAAUGUAUAAAUUCAUAUUGUCCUUCACAAACAAAACACGGUUAGUAUGAACAAAAAACAAAAACAAACCAAUGCAGCGUAUGGACAAAAUAAAAACCAAAGUAACCUCACCGCUAAGCAGCCCGAUGCGUAGAUAAAUAAAGACACUAACA